GUUCUCAGUUCAAAGGGCAAAGAAGAAAUGUUGGCAAAUCUUGCCAGAUGGGAACCGGGGCAUGGGCGUUUCAGGCUUUUUUAUCCGUGGAAGCAGCACUUGAAGAUUGGAGACCUUGCUCGAGAAUGUGCCUCGUUGAUUGAAGCUAUGAAUCCCUACGUUGACUCUGAUUUCCAACAAUCACCAGAAUUUCAAAGCAAAAUUCAAGAAUCAUGCAAAAAGAUGAGUGCAGAAAGUAGCAAGGCAUUAAGAGAACUAGCCACAGCAAUCAAAACGAUGACAGAGCCAUCCUCUGCCAGUCCUUACUUGGAGAACUCCAAAUCUGCCAUGAACCACCUUAAAACUGCUCUCAAAGAUUUCUCAUUGGAGAGUACUGAUCUCCUAGCAAUCUUACAGGCUGCCACAGUCUUUUCAAUCCUUGUUGAGAUCAUUAAAUGCAUGGAAAAAAUUUCGAAAGCAGUUCAUGAACUCUCCAAGCUAGCACGUUUCAAGAAUGCAGAACCUACCGUGUCAUGCAAGAAACUGCAUCAGCUGUUCAUAAACCCAAGUUUUGAAGGUGAUGGUAAACUUAACAUGGGAAACAAGACAAUUCACUCCAUAAAUCUAUUACCACGUCAGGAAAAUAACAAGCCAAUCACUAAUUGACUGUGCCUCGCAGUGCGAAUCAGUUGAGGAGGGAGCUGAUUCCAUUAACACCAUCUUUCCACGCGUUCUGAUAGAAUUAAUUAAAACUGUGACUUCUAAUCAUUUCUGUGAUUAAAUUAGGUUCUCUUUUUCUUUUGCUCUUUAUCCAAACAAAGGUUCAUUAGAAGUCUAUGGUUAUGCUUCCAUAUAUUUUUAGUCGCCUUAACCAAUAUGUUCCAGGAAAGUUCACAUUCUGUCACUUAUUCAAAUGCUUUACUUUUUAAAAUGCUUGAAUAUAUUGAUGUCAUUAAG